GGAUUCCCUCUUCCGUUGAACACUGGAACCGUUUUGUUUUUCUUUAAUUUCUUAUUUAGUUUUUAACUAGCCGGUCGUGUAAAUAAGGAGAAGAAAGAAUCCACUCGCUUUUUUUUUUAAGUGAGUAUCUCAAAAAUAUCUCUUCAAAAAAGGCAAAAUAUUAUUUUUUUGACCCAUUUGUCGACUGAAUGGAUGAUUUUGUUCUGUUUGGACGUCGGGUCUAACAUACUCGAGGUUUUAAAAUGAAAGUAUGAACAGUCUGAGGAGUGUUGAAAAUAGGAGGUUGCGACUAAAAAGAAGGAUCCAAAGGUACCGACCUGCCUGGCAGAAUUUACCCGAAUUCGAAGACUGGCUUAAGCCUCAUCCGAAUCGAUUCAAGGCGUUUUGCAAAUUCUGCAGCGUUACGAUCACUGCAGAUGUAAAUGUUAUAAGGAAGCAUAGUGUCAGCGUGAGGCACUCCUCGAUCCAAGAGCAAUAUAGAAAAGUGAAAAAAAAUAUUUCCAAGGCGAAACAAGUAGAAAUUGACUCUGAAGACCAGCUAGAUUCAGACUUCUUGUCAGACGAGGAGGAAGACGAAUUGUUGGAAGAGAGGGAUAUGAUUGUGACUGGAAAUUCAGACGCUCACAAUUUUAACAACAGGACAAAAGAAAACAUGUGUAAUUCAAAUUCAACCGAGGAAAAUAUUAACAGGCCUCCUUGUGUUACCCAAUCUGCACCGCAUUUCAGAGGUGUGGCUGUAAUAAACGGCCAAGUGACGAGCAUAGACCUGUCGGAUUUCCGUGACCGGAGCUAUGUCAUUCUUUUCUUCUAUCCACAAGAUUUCAACAAAAUUUGUGCGAGCGAGAUACUAGCUAUAAAUGAAAGGAUGGCAGAGUUAAAAGAAAUGAAUGUAGAGGUAAUCGGCUGUUCGACUGACUCCCAUUUGGCCCAUCUUAUGUGGUUAAAUAUGACCUUGAACAGCGGUGGCAUUCCGAACAGUAUUGUUCCACUUUUAGCCGAUCCUUCGCACACCAUAUGCAAAAAGUAUGGUGUUUAUUUACCCCAAGCCGGACAUUCACUCAGAGCUCAGUUUAUAAUAGAUCACAAAGGUAUACUAAGACACAUGAGCAUUAAUGAUGCACUUGUGGGUCGAGGGACUGAUGAGCUUAUUAGGAUAGUUAAGGCUUUGCAGGUAGUCGAUGAGACUGAAGAACCUUUACAGGCAAAUUGGAAACCCCCGCAAAAAGAGAUCUUGGUGAAACCUGAAGAGUACAUAGUGGCCACCCAUGUACCCAUAUGCUAAAAAUUUCACCGAUUUUUUUUUCUUUUUUAUAUAUUAUUUAUGCACAUGUUUUUUUUUUUUUUAAACAAAUUAUG